CUUCUGGUGUUAAAAUACACCACACAUAUCGCAGAGGCAGAAGAUGAGAUAUAUUUUGGGCCUUUCUUUAAUAUAUAACCUCUGAAAACCCUAAAACUUGAGUUCUUGUUCCGUUCAUUCUCUUCUCCGUAAAAGAAAUCAUCGCCGGUUUAUUGUCUCUUGCUACCAGUGAUAAUGCAGAACGUUUUGUCUAAACGAUGUUGGAGAAACGAUGAGGGAAUGGACAUGAUCAGUAAGUUGCCCCCAAGCUCGGGUAUUCCAAAUAUUUUCUUUGCUUCCACAAAGAGAUGUUGUAACCACCAGCGUUUUGUCUAAACAAUGGAAUGCUAUAUGGAAGAUGGUGUCUAAACUCGAGUUUGAUUAUCAGCACUAUGGUGACGGCGAGACGUUUUCAGACAACUUUUGCAGUGUUUUGAUAUCCAGUAAAGCUCCGGUGCUAGAGAGUUUGCGUCUCCGUUUUAGUAUAGACAUUUCUGCUCCUGUCGAUAUAGAAUUGUGGAUUUCAAUUGCAUACUUACACCGUGUGUGUGAGUUGGAGCUAGAUGUUGUAGGGCCUUCCAGUUUCAAGCUCCCUGUUAACUACUUAUUUUACCGUGAUCUAGAUACCUUGAAACUCAAGAAUUUUGUUCUUGUUGAUUGUCCUGAUCAGGAUCGCCAUCGCAAGUAUUAUAUGAGAACACUGCAUCUUUGCUAUGUGAACUGCAAAAACGAUGAUUCGGUUGCUAACUUUUUAUCUGGAUGCCAUGUUCUUGAGAAUUUGGUUGUGAGUCGAUGUAGAUGGGAUCAUGUUAAAACUUUCACUAUUGCUGUCCCAACUUUGCAGAGACUUGAAAUUUGUGAUUGGAAUUGGAAUGGUCAAGAAAGGGAGCAAGAGUUUGGGGACUACGAGAUUAAUGCUCCUUGUUUGAAAUACUUGAAGAUUAAAGGGACUCGUGAUAUCCGGUUUCGUCUAGUUGAUCAGAUGAUUGCAAAUAGUAGUACUAGUGAUAAUCAAGAUCUUUGGAGGAUCAGAAACUUUUCCUUGUCUUACAGGUCAUCUCUAAUAAGUGAGAUUGCAUUUCCUAAGUAUACCAUCUUCCACCAGUUGGUAUAUUUGGAGCUAUGCACAUCUCAAGCAAUGUGGUGUAAUCUACUUACUCUCAUAAUCAAUACUUGUCCCAGAUUACAAGUCCUCAAACUUAUAGGUUGUGGAUGGGAUAAUAGAAAAGUUUUUGCGGGGAGAUGGAAUACACCAAAGAAUGUUCCGGAAUGUUUGGAGACUUUUGUGUGGAACUGCUGCAAAGAGCAACAAGAAAAAGAGAAAGGAGUGGUGAAAUACAUUCUACGAAAUGCAAAUCGACUAAAGAAAGCAAGAAUCAUCAUGAAAGAGUUUAGCUCGCAGGAAAGACUUAAGAUGCUUGAAGAGUUUAAAAGUGUGGUCAAGGCUUCAAAUUCAUCAUGCAACAUUCUUGUGGUUGAAUGAAACUUAGAGAAGUAUUUGUUGUUUCAUAAAUCACUU